AUGAGUGAUAUUUGUGAGGUUGGACUGGGCACCGAAGGCGAAUCCAUCACCUUUGAGCCCAAUUUGCAACAGCGGAGAAAUCUGGUGCUGGAUACCCGGCCUUUCCUGGUUUGCAAGAUGGAUGAGCCCAAAUGCACCUGCCAGAAGGAAGUGAAUGCCAGCGGGAGGUUUGCGCAGCACCUAUGCAAAGUGGAGAAGGCGGAAGGCUGUGUGGGUGAUGUGAACAUCACCGGCUGGACUGAGAAUCACGGAGGGUCCGACUUCCUGACGGCCAUCGACCCUGGCGGGUCCUACCAGUACUUGACGAAUGUGACAGUCACGCACACGUCAAACGGGCCUCGGCUGACGAACGCCACUUACACUGGUGUGACCGUGGAUGGUGCAGUACGAGUUGUGCGCACCGUUUCGACGUGGGCCACAGAGGACUUCCCUCGCCACUUGCACUCCUUCCACUAUGAGGUCUUGAAGAAUGUGACCUACCGGAGGCUGGCCUUCUAUCUCCUGGGCGGGGACUGGUACAACUAUGUUCUGAACCCUGGCUUCGUGUAUGGCGAUGCAAAGGGCGUGCAGGGCCAGGUUGUGAACAUCUCGGAGCCACUGGAGCGCUUUGAGUACGCCAAGGACUUCAAGAACAAAACAUGUGGGGAGCCGCCGUGCUGGUUUUCGCUGCUGACGCAGAAAAGCCAGGCAGACCAUCACGCGCACCGUGGGCUGAUCGUACGGCGAUGGCGCGGCCGCAUGGCCGGCGUUGAGCUUCCGAAAGACCGAGGCUUCAGCUUCUCCGUGAUUGGCUCCCGGCAGUGGGGGGACCCCACUCCCACCAUGGGCCUGGAGCUGGGCCCAGGGAAGAAGAGUCUCCAGGCGGGUGACGUGUUCGAAGCAGAUUUGGAGCUCCUCCUAUACCCCAAGACGGAGGAGGUCUAUUAUGGGCCAUCCAUGCGCCUCCGUCGUUGGCUGGACAUGGAACCGUGGGAGGUGGUCUUGCGCUCGGCUAUGGACGGCCAUCUGGAGGUGCAGGUCGUGGAAGGUUUUCUUCAGCGCAGCUAUCCGCCCAGAGUGGCCGUGAGCAGCAAAGGUCGUGCUGAAUUCCGCUUCUCUAUGCCAGCAGACUACCCAGGCGUGCUGCCCCUCACCAUCGCGGGCGUCCAGACGCUUGCGGGCCGUCUGUGCAUUUGGGACCAGGGCUGUCAGGAGCUGGGGGAAGGAGGUGACUUCCAGACUGACCACAUCCCGGGGGAGGGCUUUGCGCAUACCUUUAGUCUGAUGCCGAAGGAGUUUGGUUCAGAAUUACUUUUCAUCUUCGAGCAGUCCGGCCAGUGA